UUUGAUGCAUUUUCAGGCAUCGCCCGUGGCAUCAGCAACAACAACGCCAGCGCCACCUCUACCGGUUACGGCUCAGCUCCUCGAAGCGUUGUUGCCUUCGAAUCCUCCGAUGGAAGAGUACAGCAACAACAACAACAACAGCAGCAACAUCAACCGCAACCAUCAACUUCGACAGGAGCAACAGUGGCGACGACAACAGGACCUGUAGAAGCCACGGAAGACGAGGAGAAUAUCUACACUUCGGAGUUUGUCCUCGUCUAG